AUGGAAAACAAUCAGGGAGCUGGCUCCUCUGAAUACUUCUCAGGUCAGCCACCCACAGCAGUGACUCACAAGCAGAGAAGGACAACCAAAUUUGUUUUAGGGAAGUUCACUAUAUAUGGGACAAAGGAGAGAAUUUACAUUGUUGGUAGCAACAGACGAGAAACAAUGUUUCGGAUACUCGAAAUCGAUUUGAGUAUUCCACAAGAUGAAUUGAGCGUCCUUGAAGACAAUGUUUUCUUUACCAGGAACGAAAUUAUGAAUAUUCUCUCCGGUUUGGAAGAAGCGAGUGAGGAAGGUCUGCAAAAGAAAUUGACGUGUUACGGUCUCAUGGGAUUUAUUAGAUUCACUGGGUGCUAUUAUCUCGUCACAGUUACUAAAUGCAGCCAAGUGGCUGUAAUAGCCGGUCACUUUAUUUAUCAUAUUGACGGUACAGAAUUGGUACCGAUUUGUAAUAACUACAAAAGACCAGAUAAAUAUUCCACUGAAGCUAACUUAAUCUCAACUUUCCAGAACUUAGAUUUGACAAAGACGUUUUAUUUUAGUACGACUUAUGACAUAACGAAUACUUUACAAACACACUUAUUAAGAGAGAAAUUAAAAGCAGUUGAUCGAUCCGAUAUUUCCAUACCAAAUGGUAUUCCAGAUAUCAAUGAAAUGUUUAUAUGGAACAGCUACCUGUUGAAGCCAAUUUUAUCAUGUAUUGACACUGUUUAUGACUGGUUCCAACCUGUAAUACACGGAUUUAUCGAUCAAGUUAAUGUCUCUGUACUGGGGAAAAGUAUUUACAUAACACUUAUUGCUAGAAGAUCUCAUCAGUUUGCUGGCGCUCGAUUUUUGAAAAGAGGAGUUAACAAACAGGGCUAUGUUGCCAAUGAAGUUGAGACAGAGCAAAUUGUUGCAGACAUGGUAUUGACUUCUUUUCAUCAACCAGGAAAUGGGUAUUACGAUAGCGACAGAUAUACUUCGUUCGUUCAACAUAGAGGAAGCAUACCCUUGUACUGGACCCAAGAAGCGUCUAAUUUGACUGCUAAGCCACCAAUUCAAAUUAACUCAGUGGACCCGUACUUUAGUUCUGCAGCAUUGCAUUUUGAUAUGCUUUUCCAAAGGUAUGGUAACAUUCAAGUACUGAAUCUGAUCAAGACCAAAGAGAAAAACCCGAGAGAGACGAAGCUAUUGAGAGAAUUUGAGGAAUGCAUAGCCUAUUUGAAUCAAUUCUUACCCGAUGUUAAAAAAAUAGACUAUAAGUCUUGGGAUAUGAGCAGAGCUUCUAAGCAAGAUGGACAAGGCGUGAUUGAAUUCUUGGAGGUUUAUGCCGCUGGCACUGUAGCACGAUCAGGCGUAUUCCAUAACGGUCGAACCUUUAAAGAAACCCUAAUUCAGGAAGGAAUAUGUAGAAGCAAUUGCAUUGACUGUUUAGAUCGAACUAAUGCCGCACAGUUUGUGAUUGGCAAGAGAGCAUUGGGAGUGCAACUAAAAACUUUGGGAAUCAUUGGCGAUAGCUACUUAGAGUAUGACUCUGAUAUAGUCAAUAUCCUAACAGAGCUUUUCCACGAUUUAGGUGAUACUAUUGCUUUACAGUACGGCGGAUCACAUUUAGUUAAUACCAUGGAAACGUACAGGAAGAUAAAUCAAUGGAGGUCUCAUUCAAGGGAUAUGAUUGAGAGCAUCAAAAGAUUUUACAGUAAUUCGUUUAUUGAUGCUCAAAGACAAGAUGCUAUCAAUUUGUUUCUAGGUCAUUAUGUGUGGAAAAAAGGAUAUCCAGCCUUGUGGGAGAUGAAUACGGAUGCUUAUUUACACAAUGAAUAUUCUUCUGAAGGUGAAAAGCGGAGUUACACUCAUUGGUGGAAUAACUAUCAUAUUAUAGGGGUAUCAGAAUACAUAAAGAGGAAUAUACUUGAUCAAGGAAAUGAUUUGACCUUUGAGAAAGUGUUUCGCAAUGUUCGAGGUUAUCCUGGCGCCUUUGAUAAUUACUGGAACGAAUACUAUAUCCCUAGGAAUGUCACUUGGAUGCAUGAUUUAUUUGCGUACAAUAUGAAUUCAACGAGACGUUAUCACACUAUGAGGACUAACAGGAAAGAACUUUCCCCCUUUGCCUCACGAAAGCAAAGCUGGAUCAAUAGUAAAUUAAGAACAAUAACUUUAGACCAGAAAACUACGGACAGUAAAAGACAAAGGAUGGGCAAUAGAAAUCAAGAAAAACUUGAUUCAAAAGAUGAGUUACAAUUAAGUAAUAACAAUCUGGACAUGGCCCUGCAAAUCAAAUCGAAGUACAUAAUCAAUUCAAAUUCAUCCCUCUAUGAAAAGUUCCCGGCACUCUUGGACACCUGGGAAAUUCAUUUUAGUGAACCCUCAGAUGCUAAUAGCUUUGAAGACAGAUCGCAUAGCGAGAAUGAUAUCAUCACUGAUUCUGAGAGUACUGAAAAAUCUCACGGCGAUUAUUAUAACGACAUUCUAGUUGAUACACAUUACUAUGACGUUCUGUUCAAAGUAGACGAUUACGAGCCUUACGAAGAGUAUCGCAAACACUUCUUAUGCUCUGAGACAAGUCUGUCACCGGAAGACUUGAAGCUUUAUCAAAAAUUUGCAUUCAACACACAGAAAGACCUUGUUUUUGCUUAG